CGACGUCUUCAGCACGCCUGAUGUGAGUUAUUGCGCUCACGACAAGAAUGAGGCCGCUGCUUCAGCAUGCGUCGCGCUCCAUAUUUGCCAGUCCGAUCUUCACGGCUCCGCCACGAGCGAGUAAGACGUUGUUUAGAAGCCUAGCCAGCGCAAAGUUCACAGGACCAGCAAUAUAUCUCCCAUGUAUUCCACCCAGAAAAGGUCUCGAUAAGCCGACCCGACGGCAAUUCUCCCACUCUAGGACUGUCUUCGAGAAACCUACCAGGCCUUUAGAAGCCGACUCGGCUGAGACGAAGACCCCACUACAGCACUGCACCCCUCAAUCCGCGAAGUUAGCGUCUCCCCCCAAAGAUGAAGAUACAAUAGCAAGAGUGCCGGCAGAGCAUCUGCCGUCGCACAGAGAGGGGCAAAGAUGGAAUCUCUCGAGACGCUUCUCCGAACUCAUGGACGACCUGCUGCCAAAGCUUGCGCUUGUCACCCAGAAGGUCAACACUUACACGGGUACCGACUACUCGGGCAUCGAGGCACUGAGGCGAGAAAUCAAGGAACAAGAGCAACUCGUCAAGACCCGCCAUCUUGCACUAAACGAAGCGAAACAGGCUCUGGAUGACGCUCACGCAAAGCAGGCAUCUUCGCAGAAGGAAGUGGUCGGGCUCCUGGAGCGGAAACAUUCUUGGUCCGCCACAGAUCUGGAAAGAUACAUGCAAUUGAUACGGUCAGAGCAUGUCAAUGACCAGGCUGUUCAGGCAGCAAAAGACAAGGUUUUUGAAGUUGAAGCUGCACUGGAAGAGGCACGGACGCGACUGGAGAAGCGUGAACGAGCGCAGUAUCAUGAGGAGCAAAUAUGGAGUGACACGAUUAGGCGAAACAGCACCUGGGUCACUUUUGGGUUGAUGGGCUUCAACAUCUUCCUGCUGCUAGCAUCCUUGGUUGUCAUUGAGCCGUGGAGGAGACGCCGGCUGGUUAGGGAAGUUAAGGCAGCUUUGGAGGCUCAGAGAACAGUAUUCGAGCCAGCUGCUGGACCUCAGUCAAGCCCCAUACUCGAAGCGGCAGUUGAUGAAGCCGUUGAGCCUGCAGAAAAGGUUAUCGGGAGCCUUGUCAUCGCCGAACAAACCACUCACACGGCUCCCAAAGUCGAAGAAGACAUGCUAGUGCAACAGGCCGAACCUAAUAUCAUCGCUGCUCUCAAGGAAGACUCGAUGACGCUUACCCCAGAAAAACUGGGGGCUGCCAGCUUAGCCACUUUCGAACCAGAACACCAAACGACCAUAACCCCAAUGCCAUGGCAGGAGAAGAUCACGACGUCCGUCCGAGAUCUCAUGAGCGAGAAAUACAUCUCAAUCCGGAGGAAGGAAUUCACGAUAGCAAUUGUAGAGGCCACAGCUACGGGUGCGGUCAUUUCAGGGCUCUUGCUCUUCCUAAUACGGCCGAAUUAAUUUCAGCCAUUCAUUUUCGAACGGUCGAAUCUCCGCCAAUUUUGAUUUGGACGGUCAGCGCCUCCAACUGACCGGUCGGGCAUGUCAAUGCGGUGCGCCUCCAUGUAUGACUAAACAUUGUACAUAUAGAUGUAUGAACUUCCGUAAAGGCAAUGGUGCGGUCAAAAGUGGAAAAUGCGAUUUGGAUUCUCAAGCCGCAGACCCCAGAUCUUAGCUUGG